AUGGAUGGCAUGUGGCAUAUGGUAAAAACUUACUUUACAGAGUCCAACAACCCUCUACAAUUUUGCAGCCAUCUCUGUGAGUUGAAUUCAUAUCCAGACAAGAACAGCAAUACAGAAUAUGGCGUGGAUCUAGACGAAGACUGCAUGCGCAUAUUCUCCGCCCUCGGCGACGUCUCUCGCCCCCCAUGUACGUGCAACGAGACACAACUGCUAGACUACACCUUCCACACCGACAAAGGCGAUACUUGCAUCGAAGGAGUUUGUCGAUAUGUCAUGCGUGACACGCUUCAAUGGUGGGCCCACUGGCACGGAUCUAUAGAAGGCCAUCGCUGGAAGCAUUUGUACAUGGCAUUUAUGACCAUCUUCGACGAAAUCGCGAUUCCUCCACAAGAUGUAGCAGAUGGUUCUUUCCGCUUUCUGGGUAAUUCUUUAGCGGAAGUUCUCGAAGGGCUGCGCCUAGAAGGUGUUCAUCGAGACGAUAUCAAAUUACUGGAGAUGUACCUGUGGCGACAGUGUAUCAUUCAAUAUCUCGAAAAGGUCGACCCGGCCAUACGCGAGUUCUUGAUAGGAAAGACUACCCUCAUGACUCUAUGGAGGGUGUUGACGGCAGGGACUCAUGGUGUGGCUGUAUGUAUUCUCACCAGUAAGGGUAUUCGACCACAAGGGCAAACAGAUCAUGCACUUGAAAUGGCUAGCACAUGCGAUGCAAUUUCCAUGGAUCUGGGAAAGGAAGCUCUGAGUGUAUUGCAAGAUGAACCGACAGAAAUUGUUGCAGGCAAAGAUCGCGAGAUACUCAAGCGCGAGCGACGCUGGGUUUAUUUGCGGGCUUUGGGGUUCUUAGAUCAGGACCCGACAGGCGCGUUGCUAAGGCGGUUCGCAACCUCGGGAUUACAUUUUGUCCUUCUGAAUGAUCGCUAUCGGGAACGUGUUGCGCAUGUCCGGUUUCCAAUGUCGCCAUAUCUGCGCCGCCGAAUUGCUGCUUAUUAUAAGAAUGGGUGA